AAGAUGUCUGGACGCGGAAAGGGAGGAAAGGGACUCGGUAAAGGAGGCGCAAAGCGUCACCGCAAAGUUCUCCGUGAUAACAUCCAGGGAAUCACCAAGCCCGCCAUCCGCCGCCUGGCUCGCCGUGGCGGAGUGAAGCGUAUCUCCGGUCUGAUCUACGAGGAGACCCGCGGCGUGUUGAAGGUUUUCCUGGAGAACGUGAUCCGCGAUGCUGUCACCUACACCGAGCACGCCAAGAGGAAGACCGUGACCGCCAUGGACGUGGUGUAUGCUCUGAAGAGACAGGGCCGCACUCUGUACGGUUUCGGCGGAUAAACUCACUUUCCAACAGCUCGACAA